UUGCCGGGUGCCGCUGGACACGGUCCGGCGCUGCUACGUGCGGCGUUCGGGGUCAGGCUGGUGCAGGGUUCACACUCGAGAGCCAGCAGGAACUAUCCCUGCUUCGUCUUUCCCUGGACUUUCCUUGUUCCUGCAGUUCGGGUGUAUAAGAGCGGCUCCUGCCAGCCGCCGCUGAGAUGCCUUAGGCAGCGGCACCGCAACAUCAAAGGGCUCAGGUGCCGGGUCAGGAGAUGUUGCCCUUCUGGUGUCUCGUCCUUCUCGGGGGCCUCCUGCCCCCCUCCCAGGGCCUCGUCAGCCUGGGCAGUGUCCUUGGGCUGAGCCCAGCGCAACCCAAAGACGGUCUGCUUGCUACUGGUCUUCUUGGCAGUGAAGGUCUCAUCAGCAAAGAAGGUGGAUUGCUUGACACUGGCCUUCUUGGUAAAGGUGGGCUACUUGGUACCGGCCUCCUUGGGAGAGGAAGUCCGACUGGAGAAGAAAGUGGAGGUCCCCUUGAUGCAGGAAAUGCAUCCAGCAGAUCUGGGGUCCUUGGCACAGGCCUCCUAGGAGGACAACUUGGCAGCAGUGGUCUGCUCGGCACAGGCAUCCUUGGUGGGGGAGGCCUUGGCAGUGCUCUCCUUGGCAAUGGCCUCCCCGGCAAUGGCCUCCCCAGCAACGGCCUCCUUGGCAAUAAAAGCCUUCUUGGAGAGACAGGUCUGCUUGGCACAGGGCUGCUUGGAAAAGGAGGUCUCCUAGGCAAUGGAAGUCUGCUUGGUCUCAAUGGUCUUCUGGGUGAAGUCGAACUGCUGGAUGAUGGAGACCCUCGCAAGUCAACACGCUUCGCCUGGUUGAAGGUGCUGAACUUUGAGAACAUCCGAGUGUCGUGGAAGGUCCUUCGCGGGGGCGAGCUCGUGCUGAACCUGUACUCGAAGCUGAUGCUCCGCUUGCCAGGGAUUUUUCGCUUUCUGAGCGGAUCCUCGGUAGAAACAAACAUCACGUCACACAUCGCACUGACCCAAGACACCCCUGGUGACCUCAAGUUAGUGAUUAAGGAUUGCAGCAACCUGCUCCGCGGCUUCAAUGUCAACCUGCGGAAGGGCUUCUUCACCAAUCUGGUGAGCAGUUUGCUGAACUCUUCUCUUCAGUCUCUCGUACCUGCGCUGCUUUGCCCAUUAAUGAAUAUUUGGGUCAGCAUCAUCAAUAUUAAGCUACAAUUCCUCAACCGUGUUGUCUCCUUUGGGCUCCUGGGGAAAAUCCACUCUGCCCUCUCCGAUUUGCCGGUGAAGUCUGGGCAGUUCGUGGAGCUGGAUUUGCAGAAUUCCCCAUUCCCAAGCGCCUUCAUCAACUGGCUCCUUCAGACCAUAGGCAUCGAUCCCGGGAGCUUUCCAUAGCUGUGGGGCCAGCAGCGCUGUGGGGUGCCCCAGUGGGCGAUUCCCACCGCUCCGCCCCAAGGAGGGAAGGAAGGAAGAUGACUCAAUACACAGAGAACAGAUGUGAAAAUGAAGAAACCCAACCAAGAAAAUACACUAUUUCUUCUGUAUUACAUUUCAGCCUUAUCAGCCUUUGGUGUCUCCGUCCAGCCCAGGGUUAGCCAUGCCAAUGGUUAGCUGUGCCGAUGGUUAGCCGUGCCAACGGUUAGCCAUGCCAAUGGUUAGCUGUGCCGAUGGUGCUGCUGGCAGUGGAGCCAGAGCCAGGAGCCCUGGAUCACGCCCAUGUGCCCUCCUGGCUGUCACGGCCUCUUGUUACAGCAAUCACUGACAAAGGCAUUGCCCUGACCCUCCAGUCCUUCCUCACGCACACCCGAGUUUUGCCUGGACUGGGGCCAUGGUUCGGGCCAGGUCAUUACUCGGCGCAGAGGAGACUUUCCUGGUGCUGGACCAAGACAGCCCUGCUGGCGGCAGCGAUUUGGUCCCUGUGCAGCCACCCCAUGAGAAUUUUGUGAGUUUGCACCAACCGCGCCAAAUUCCCAUGAAGGGAAGAGAGAAAAGGGACAAAUGCCGAUGAAGUGUAAACGCUUUGUCUUUGCUCUCCUUCUGCUUCUUGAUUAGUUUACUAUUUCAAAAGGAAAUCUUGCUGUUUCCAGUGAUUUCAUACUGUUAACAAGAAGGCAAAAAAGGCCUGCAGUCUAAUCCAGACGGGUACUUAGCUGAUUUGUUCCCAAACAGUUAUGCUUUGAACUGAUCAGAGUAAAUGCUAUCCUGUCUUGUAAUCUCCAAGUGGAUUUGGAUGUGUUGCAUUGUGGGUGAGGUGGAUUCACAUCCCUCCUGUUACUCCUUAGAAUAAAAAGGAUUUUUCUUCAUCUGCA